ACUGCCAGCCAACUAGGCUUGUUAAAGCUGUGCUUUCUAUAGAAAUAAAAGCACUUUUUCUCUGCCUUUUGUAGCUUCAUGUAUUUUUUCCCGUAGCGUACGUUAGUGUAGUAGCAAAGAUACGAGUUUUGUUUAAUAUACCAUGCAAACGCUUUUCUGAUCCAUCUGCAGUUUUGUAUUUUAGUGGUGGUGAACGAAACAUUAUAAAACUGUUAUUAGUAGGUGAGAUCUGAGUCAUUCAAUAGUUGGUCUAUAGUGGAUCUGACAUUUAUUCAUAUCUACAAAUAUGUUCAUUUGGGACUGGUUUGCAGGAGUUUUGAAUUAUCUUGGUCUUUGGAAAAAGAGUGGUAAACUCUUGUUUCUUGGUUUAGAUAAUGCAGGCAAAACCACAUUACUUCAUAUGCUUAAAGAUGAUCGACUCGCUCAACAUGUGCCUACAUUGCAUCCAACAUCAGAAGAACUCUCUAUUGGAAAUAUGAGGUUCACAACAUUUGAUUUAGGAGGACAUCCUCAAGCUCGGAGGGUUUGGAAAGACUAUUUUCCUGCAGUGGAUGCAAUAGUAUUUCUUGUUGAUGCAAGUGAUAGAAUACGAUUAUCAGAGUCAAAAGCUGAAUUUGAUGCUCUUUUAACUGAUGAACAACUUAGUGCAUGUCCAGUUUUAGUGCUAGGUAAUAAAAUUGAUAAAGCAGGUGCAGCAUCGGAGGAUGAACUUAGAAAUAACUUUAACCUUUAUGGUCAAACAACAGGAAAGGGAAAAAUUUCUCGUGUUGAAAUACCUGGUCGUCCAUUGGAAUUAUUUAUGUGCUCAGUGCUGAAGAGACAAGGGUAUGGUGAAGGCUUCCGCUGGCUUGCUCAGUACAUUGACUGAAUGCAUAUAAUAAUUUAAAUACUCAGAUUGUGGCAGUUUAUUAUAUUUCCCUUUCCUCUAAUUCAUAUUGGAUAUCAAUACAAAAGUGUAUUAUCCUUUGUGUGAAUUGUGCAAAAGGAAAGAAAUAUCAAUACAUAAACUGCAAUAACAGAUUCAGAACAGUGCAAAUAAGAAAAAGAAAUACAAUAUGAUAAACGUGAUGGAA